CCGAUGCGGAUAUCCGGGUUCCUGUCACUGAGCUCCUUCUCCCACAUUUCCUCACUUUGACUCCUUCUCGGCUCUUCAGCUCCGCAGCUCGCAGACAUGUCGUCCGGCGGGGAGGUCGUGUUCCGGGCCCUGGAGACUCCGCUGCUCUGCCUCGGAGCCGUGACCGCGGCCUGGUUCUCCUUGUGCACCGUGUGCCGCCUGCUGACCGGCUUCCGGCUCUGGGUCCUGGGCAACGGGCGCCUGGUGUCCCCCACCCGGCUGGGGAAGUGGGCAGUUGUGACAGGAGCCACAGAUGGGAUUGGGAAAGCUUACGCAGAGGAGCUCGCCCGCAGAGGCUUUGGAAUCGUGCUGAUCAGCCGCUCUCAGGAGAAGCUGGAUGAAGUAUCCAAGACUAUCUCAAGCAAGUGUGGCGUGGAGACUAAAACGAUCGCAGCAGACUUCAGUGCCGUCGACAUCUACCCUAAGAUCGAAGAAGGACUCGCAGGGCUGGAGAUCGGCGUACUGGUGAACAACGUUGGAAUAUCCUACUCUUACCCUGAAUUCUUCCUGAAUGUUCCCAAUCUGGACACUUUCAUCGACAACAUGGUCAACAUUAACAUAACAUCCGUUUGCCAGAUGACUCGUCUCGUUUUACCUCAGAUGGUGGAGAGGAAGAAGGGGGCCAUCCUCAACAUCUCCUCCGCCAGUGGGAUGUACCCUGUUCCUCUUCUCUCUGUGUACUCUGCCUCCAAGGCGUUUGUGGACUUCUUCUCACGAGGACUGCAAGCUGAAUACAAGGGCAAAGGCAUCAUCAUCCAGAGCGUUCUGCCAUUUUUCGUUGCGACCAAGCUGAGUAAAAUCCGUCGGGCUACUCUGGACAAGCCGACUCCAGAACGCUACGUCGCAGCCGAGCUCAACACCGUGGGGCUCCAGACACAGACCAAUGGAUACCUGCCCCACGCCAUCUUAGGCUGGGUGACCACGGCUCUGCUGCCUGCCAAGAUCCUCAACAAGUACGUGAUGUCCAUGGGGUUGUCCCAGCGCGCUCGGUACCUCAAGAAACAGAAGCAGGGAUAGAUCGAGCGGCAGCGGCAGCGAGCGGGACGGAGUGGCAGCGGCAGAUAGUGUUGGUGUAAACGACUCGUCCAAACAUCAUCAUCAUCUUCAUCUUGGACCAGGAAGAGGGAAUGUGACAGUUUCUGAACAACAUCUACUCCAACAUCUACUCACAGAUGAUGUGAAGCAGUAUCUGGCCACAGUUGUCAACAGUGUGUAAAAUA